AUGUUACAACGACAUAUUCAAUCAAAGAAUGCUUUACGUAAGCCAAGAGGCAAUAUACAAACACUAUAUACAAAUCAAAAAGUACCAGGCGCUAAGACGGCUUAUGGACCAAGGUAUUACAAUCCACAACAACAACAGCAACGGCAGCAACAAACUAUGAUGCAACGAUUCAGAAGAUUAUUUACUAAACGUGAUGCUCGUCCUUCGACAGGCCGUGGUAGAAGAGUAGUAUUACCGAAUAUUGGAACAGGUGGUCGAAUUGCUGCUGCAUCUCAAAUUAAAAAGCGUGCUAGUGUAUCUAGAACUGAGAAGGCUGCUAGUGCAUCUAAAAUUGAGAAGAGCGCUAGUGCAGUUAAAAUUGAGAAGAGUGCUGAUGCAUCUAAAAUUGAGAAGAGCGCUAGUGCAGUUAAAAUUGAGAAGAGUGCUAGUGCAUCUAAAACUGAGAAGAGUGCUAGUGAUAAUAACGACAUGGUUGAGACAAACUAA